AUGUCUAAAGAAAUGCAAGAACUUCAGAAGCAAUGGCAUGCCGUGGUGCAGUCCAUCCACAGCAACUCAAAUGUUGUUGCAUUUAUGAAUUCUCGUGUUGGCCAGUAUUUAGAUGACCAUCCUUUUCUUGCCUUAUCACUCCUGAUGUUUAUUGCAGUGUCUGCUAUUCCUGUUGCAUUUUUCCUGAUUUUUGUUGUUACAACAGCCAUAAUGGCCUGUAUCGGUGUGAUUGUCAUGGAAGGUGUUGUAAUAGCCAUAGGUGGCAUAGCCCUCCUUUGUGUGCUGUGCGGCCUUGGUGUGCUCUCACUGGGAGUUUCUGGAGUGCUGAGUGUUUGUUACAUCGUUCUUUCAGCUCUGGUCAACUACUGGUGUGCGUCAAGGGGUCAGAUAAGGAAGAAAGAAGUUAAUGGAAGUUUGCCACGGAAGAGUCCUGCUGUCUCAGAUCUUUCUACCAAUAAUGGAAAGAAUGAAUAA